AUGUCGAAGAACGAUUCUGAUAAUUCCCCGUCAACUGAAAGCCCCAUCGGAAGAAUCGCUCUCCAUACUGCCGUAGACAUUGAAGAUCUUAGGAUCAAUCAUUUUCCUCUCACUUUGACGAAAUCCUCGAAGGACUGUAUUCAAACUCGAUCCAUACUUGUUACUUUACAACUUGGUGGAGACGAGGAUGAUGCAGACGCAGCCUUCACCGACGACUCCGACAUCAGCAUCGA